AUGCCGUUCGAGCCCGAGGUGGUGUCCGCGCCGGGCAUCUGCACCCAGCGCCAAGUGGACGCGCUGUACGCGGCGCCCAAGUAUUUCGUGGAGGGGACGGCCAAGGAGGCGUUCAUCGCCACGGGCAUCACCGUGAGCUACGCCGUGCUGGAGCGGCCGCCAAUGAACGCGGCGGUGGGCGUGGAACAGGUGGUGCUCAUCGCCGGCUUCAUGCAGCCCAAGGACACGUGGGCGCACUUCAUCGACUCGCUGUUGCCCAAGUGGAACCAGAAGCAGCGCGGCGUGGGGCUGAGCAUCCUCGUGCUGGACAACCGCGGCUUCGGCGGCACCGACGCGCCCUUCGGCAUGUACUCGACGCGCACCAUGGCCGAGGACAUCCUCGCGCUGAUGGACCACAUCGGCUGGCGCUCCGCUCACAUCGUCGGCGGCAGGUACAAGGCCAGCGGGCGGUCGCUCGGCUUGAUGGUGCGCAAGACCUUCUCGCUUACGGUGCCGGCCAAGGCCAACAACAUGGUCGACACGCUCUUCCCGCAGGAGUAUCUGGCUAAGACGAGGAUAGCGGAGACGGGAGACGCCGUGCGCAACGCAAUCGCGCGAAUGUAUGAGCUACAGUUGAAGCGGUGGCCGGAGCCGAGUCUCAGCGGCGUCAUCGGCCAGACCGCCGCAGUACAGACGCAUUUUGUGUCGGACGAGCGGCUACAGGACAUGAACGAGGCCGGCUUCCCCAUUCUGAUCGUCAGCGCCAUGCUGGACGACGUCAUCCCUCCCGAAGAGUCCAUCGUGCUCAGGGAGCAUCUAAACGGCGACCACGUGCACACGCUCUUCUUCGAAGUCGGUGGCCACGGCGCCAUUUGCCAGUACGCUGAUGAAAUCGCUGAAGAAUUGAUUGAGACGAUGUGUCGGGCGGCGCCGCCCCUCUGA